GGAAAAAUCGAAUGAGCAGAAAAGAACUCCUGAAAAAAGAAAGAAAACUUUUUUAAAUUAAAAUAUCUUGUAUAAUUACACAAGAAUUUUACAAAUAAUUUAAAAUUUAUUAAGCAAAAGGCAAUUGAAGAAUAAUUAUAGCAAAAUUAUAACACUAGAAUAGAAAAAAUAUAAAAAACAAACAGCGGAGUGAAAAAAUCUGUAUAAAACGAAAAGAAAAAUUCCUAAGCCACGUAUUGAGAGCACCCAACAAAUGAAAAAAAUAUUGGAUACCAAAAAACCAAUAUCAAAGAAAUAGGUUCUUAAAAAAAGCAAAAAAGUGUAAUGAAUGAGAAAAAUCAAAUGAGAAAAAAACAACAAAAUUGACAAUUCUGUUGUCAAAAACACUCAUUCACACACACAAACACAUACUAGUGCGUGUCAAUUAAAAGAAGGGAAAAAAUCUGUAAAAUAAAAAUCAAUAAUUCUCAAUAAGAAUUUGUAUUUAUUAAAAAUAAAAGAAUAAAUAAAAGCAAUACAACAAUAAUAAGUUUUGUAAUCAAAGCUGGUACUUUGUUACGCGACAAAACAAAUUGAAUCAAAAGUAAAAAAAUAGUGUUAAAAAAAAAACAAUUUUGUACAAUUUUUGUGUGUUUUUUUAAAUAGAAGUUAUAAAAUAAAGCAGAUUUCAUCAUGUCCAUGGCUGGGCAAACAAUCAACGACAGACUGUUGGCUGCCAGGCACAGUCUUGCCGGUCAAGGUCUGGCCAAAUCAGUAUGCAAGGCCACAACGGAAGAGUGCAUUGGACCCAAGAAGAAACAUUUAGAUUAUUUAGUACAUUGUACAAAUGAACCCAAUGUCUCCAUACCACAUUUGGCCAAUUUACUUAUUGAACGUUCACAAAAUGCCAAUUGGGUGGUAGUGUAUAAAUCUUUAAUAACCACACAUCACUUGAUGGCAUAUGGAAAUGAGCGUUUUAUGCAGUAUUUAGCUUCAUCAAAUUCAACAUUUAAUCUUAGUAAUUUCUUGGAUAAGGGUGGAGUUCAAGAUGGUGGUAUGUCGGUACCUGGUGGCAGAAUGGGUUAUGAUAUGUCACCAUUUAUCAGACGCUAUGCCAAGUAUUUAAAUGAAAAAUCUUUGUCUUAUCGUGCAAUGGCUUUUGAUUUUUGCAAAGUUAAAAGAGGCAAAGAAGAGGGUUCAUUACGUACCAUGCAUGCUGAUAAAUUAUUAAAAACUUUGCCCGUUUUACAAGCACAAUUGGAUGCUCUAUUGGAAUUCGAUUGUCAAUCAAAUGAUUUAACAAAUGGUGUCAUUAACAUGUCAUUUAUGUUAUUAUUCCGUGAUCUCAUACGUUUAUUUGCCUGUUACAAUGAUGGUAUUAUUAAUUUAUUGGAAAAAUAUUUUGAUAUGAAUAAGAAACAAGCACGUGAUGCUUUGGAUUUGUAUAAAAAGUUCUUGGUGCGCAUGGAUCGUGUGGGGGAAUUUUUAAAAGUUGCAGAGAAUGUCGGCAUUGAUAAGGGAGAUAUACCUGAUUUAACUAAAGCUCCCAGUUCUUUGUUGGAUGCUUUAGAACAACACUUGGCCACACUUGAGGGACGUAAAGUUUCAGCUGCAAAUACUCCUACACAAUCAGCCAGCUCUUCGUUUGGCACAGCUGCCGCUUCAAGUAAAUUUGACACUACCAAUGGUAUCGAUGAACAACUAAAGGCCCAAGCAUUGGCUGAGGAAGAGGCGGCAAUGAAUCAAUAUAAGCAACAUAAAGUUUCUUCACCCACCAGCGGCGGUGCUGCUGCUAACGCUGCAUUAACAAAUCCAUUCUUAUCGUCUCCACCAGCUUCAGCAGCUGGUCAACCGAUAGUUGAUUUGUUUGGUGCUGCCUCAGCACAGCCAGGCUCUGGCUCCACCGCUGCUGCUGGUACCACUAAAGCUUCUGAUGAUUUACUACAAUUGGGCAAUCCAUUUGCCGAUAUGUUUGAUGCUCCCCUUGCGAGCGGUGCUGGCGGAGGCGUUGCUACAGGUUUCAAUGGAUCUGCUGUACCUUCGGCUGCGGCAAACGCUUUUGUUUCCGACAGCAAUUUCUCUUCGGUAUUCGGUAAUACUGAACCAGCCGCAACUGGAGCAGCAUUAGCAAAUCCAUUUUUUGAUUCAAUGGAACCACAAACUUUAUUCGAUACCACAACCUCCACAACAUUAUCAUCAUCGUCGUUAACAUCAGCAACAAUUAAUAAUAAUGUAGCAAAUGUAGCCAACAAUUCGACUUCCAUUAACUCCAAUACAAAUCUAUUUAUGACGUCGUCAUCACAACCGACUUCUCUGACAACAGGCUUUGAUGCUUUGGGUGAUGUUUUAAAACCCGGCAUAACGUCUACUACAACAAAUACUACUGUUGGCAAACCACCAGCAGGAAAUCAAACAAAUAUUAAUACUGCAGGUAUUGCCUCACAAGAUCAACUACUCCACCACCACCAACAACAAUCGCAACAGCAGCAACAGCAACCACCAGCCAGCACUGGAAAACUCUUAACUGGUGAUUUGGAUAGUUCUCUCAUGUCUCUAGUUGAAAAUUUAAAUAUUAAUAAAUCAGCUACAACAAAACCUGUGCAAUGGAAUUCACCUAAAAAUACUGCGAAACCUGGUGCUAAUUGGACACCUCAACCAAUGGCUGCUACUACGGGUGCUGGCUAUCGUCCAAUGGUGAGUGUCUUUGUCUCUCCUCUAUAUCUCUCUCUCUUUCUAUAUUCAGAAUUAUAAGAAAAAAAUACAAAA